AGUCGAGCCAUGUCGAGCACGCCGUUGUUUGCUAUCACACGGUUGCAAUGGCCGCUGUCCGGUGAAGGCUACGUUCAUUUGUGGUGCUUAAUGUUAAGAUAAUAAUGUAUCAUUCUGAGUUACUUGUGUCGCUAAUAAUUGGCGUGCUGCUCUGUGUGCCGGUCGCCUAUGGGAGCAAAGUUUUAGAGUUGAGUGACAGGUUUCUCGACGUGCGACACGAAGGCUCGUGGCUUGUCAAGUUUUAUGCACCAUGGUGUGGUCACUGCAAAAUGCUGGAACCUAUCUGGAGCCAGGUUGCUCAAAGCCUUGCAGAUACGGACAUUCGUGUCAGCCGCGUAGACUGCACGCGGUUUACCUCUGUGGCCAUGGAGUACAGCGUCAAAGGUUUUCCCACCGUGCUCUUUAUCAAAGGGGACAAGACUGUUGAAUACAAGGGAGAUCGAAACAGGGAGGAGCUUGCUGAGUUCGGACGCAGAAUGGAUGGGCCACCGGUUCAUGCCUUGACAACCUGUGAUGACUUGAAGGCAAUGCGGGAUCGGCACAAGGUUUUCUUUAUCUACAGUGAUGGAGAAAAAGGAAGUGGUGAAACCAACGCGCUAAAGGAAAACUUUACGAAAAUGGCAGAAGAGUUCCAGCCAGUCAAUUACUUUUUUACAGUACCGUCGUCUUGUAUUAGUCAGCUGGGGGAAAACAUGACUCCACCAGCAACACCUGCUGUUUACGUUGUCAAGGACAAUACUGCCUUUUUAUACGAUGAAAACAACGCUUUAGAACAAAACAUGACAUUUCUCGACUGGAUGAAUAGAGAAAGAUUUCCAACAUUCCAGAAAAUAACUUACGGCAAUUUCCACCAAAUACUAAAGACGGGGAAAAAGAUAGUGAUGGCAGUUUUGGAGGAGAACCAGAUUGGAAAAGUUACCAUGCGUAUGCAAGAAUUCAAAGACAUGCUUGAAGCAAUUGCUUUGAAUACAAGGGAGUUAUUCCAUGAACACUUUGUGUUUGGCUGGGUGGGGACACCUGAGAUUGCGAACUCUGUGGCCAUGAUGAACCUGCCAGUCCCUAGUCUUCUAGUGAUUCAGCCUGAGACAUACCAGUACUACUUGCCUGAGGGCCAUUCGCGUGAACAGCCCCCCUCACCACAGGCAGUGCUGGAGCUGCUCAAUACCAUCAUGGAUGGCUCUGCUGUGCCAUACGGUGGAGACAGCUUUCCUUAUCGGCUGUACCGUGCAUACUUUGAAGCCAAGACUGCAUUAGCAGGAAUGUGGCGAGGAAAUCCAGUUUUAACUGCUGUCCUGUUUGGACUGCCUUUGGGCUUCCUGAGCAUUAUCUGCUAUACAACAUGUUGCUGUGAUGUCCUUGAAGCAUCUGAUGAUGAUGAUGAAGCAGAUGAAGCAAGUCAUGAAAAGAAGGAGUGAGAAGCACAGCUGAUCCAUAAUCAUAAUGGGUGGAAAGCAAUGCCGUGCAAAUCCUAUAGUCGGUUACAUCCUAACAAAAAAAAAAUCAGAUCCACCCACAGAACCACAGCGCGCCUUUUACUCACCUGUGCAAGAAAGUCUGGCUAAGUGGUUUCCAUUUGAAGCACAGGUAUUUUUUCCUGUUGAUGUAGAUACUACGCACACUGGGAAUAAUAUGUUCGUCAUUCCUACCCGAAAUAUUACGCUUGUCUGAGCACUGAUGUCAGAAUCUCUCUUAAAAUUUGUGAGGAUGUUCAAGUUUUCUACCUAAAACCAGCGACACAAACAUAUUUCUGUAUGGUAAGAUAAACUAUUUUGAAUGCGCAAAAGUGCCUGGCGUUAAAGAAAUGAGCAAACGCAAUUAGAUGGGGCAUCUAUACAAAUUCUCUCGGGGCAGGACAACGAUGGCUGUGGGCGGAGCUUAUAUUUUUUCUUAAGUUGUAACCGAUUAUAGUAACCAAUGAGCAGUGAACACCAACAGACUGCUUCCAGUCAACAUCUCACAUUGCACUCCUUUUGCGAGCUGAAGGUAAAUCAACUUUACAUAUAAUUGGAGCAAGCAGCCAACUACAAAGCUGCAGUAUGUGCAGUGAGCAACAUUAUGGAUGCUGUUUCGAUGCUGUUUGGGAUGGCAAGGGUUGUGGCGGGCUUCAAACUUGCAUUAAUGAAAGAAGUUUAAUAUGAUGAAGGUAUUUUGCUAAGCUGUAGUACCUGUUCAGGGACCCAACUAUAUAUUAUUGGUACCUUGACGAUGCUCAUGCAGCUGUGUUUUGAAUUGCUUGAGUGAAACUAAUGAACUUGGUGUAUUUUGUACAUAGUACUGCACUGUCUAUGUUGUUUUCAAAAAUGUUUCAAUGUCUGGGUUGUUUUAUGCCAAGCCUUCUUGUGCUGUUGUUAUUUAGGGGGAGUCUGUCUAUUGUAUUAUCUACAAGCUUUAGGAGUAUGAUAUAUUUUUAAAAAGUUCACAUUUUUUCUGUGAUGUUUUUGCUUGAGAGAGAUGCCAAUUCCUUGUUUUGUUGGCAUAUCAAAUGCAUUCAGCAGAGACGUAAAAUUUUUUUAGACCCUUGAAGACCUACUUAUUGUGCACAUUUGUUUUACAUAGUAUUGAGAGAGAUGCCAAUUCCUUGUUUUGUUGGCAUAUCAAAUGCAUUCAGCAGAGACGUAAAAUUUUUUUAGACCCUUGAAGACCUACUUAUUGUGCACAUUUGUUUUACAUAGUAUUGUGAACAUGUAAGUGUGUCAGCAUAUGUUUAGUGCACUCAUUGCGACUUACGAGCUUGUUGUGGACAAUGAUAAAAGACAGUUUCACUGUACUGCCCGAGCGCUGUGCCAUCAUCAAUGUACACAGUCACCCUUUUUACACAUUUAUGCUUGCUUUUCUUUAUUUUCUGAAAGAAAUGAAUGCCAGCAUUGUCUCCAUCUGAACUUGGUGUAUUUGUCUUAUUAAAGACAUC